AUCUUCCUGCAGUUUCCAUAUACUCUUUUCCUCCCAUUGUAUAUAAACAAUAUAUCAUUGUUGAAUGAAUCCACUAAUAUUGUCUCAAGUUUCAUUCAAGUCUGUACAACAUGGGGAAUUCCAUGGGGAAUUUCAUUGGAAAAGGGUUGCCAUCUACACAGAUGUUAAGCUUUGUGUUUAAAUCACUUUACGAACAGUUCGCUGAAACAGAAAUCAAGGACUUCGAUGAUUUCCGUGCUGCUAUUCUUGAUACCUUGAAUGUUAUUAACUCAGCAUUGCCUGGUAAACAUUAUGAUGCUCCUGCUCGCAGUGAAGUAGAGAAAUGUUUUGAAGAAUGGAAAAAUGAAAGAGAGGCAGCUAAAAAGGAGGUGUUUAUUCAAUUUAUGAAGAAAAUAAAGCUUAGCAAGCUGGAUUACACAACUAUUUUGACUGGUAUAGUAACCCCUCCGGCGGCCAUGGCAGCUAAGAAAGCAGGAGAACUUUUGCCACAUUUGAGUAUGAUUAAGAAUAUUCCUGAUGUUGCUUUUGUUCCAUUAGUGACCAUGAUUGCCCUAGUCAUUUCCAAGCUGUCCAGAAGGCUUUACAGGCGAAGCCUGCAGUCCGAACCCAGCCGAUCCAUGUCUUUUAAUGGAGAUGAGACCAAAGACCUUGAGCCCGUGCCAGAGAAGCUUCUUCUAAAAUGAAAGUAAAAAAUAAAAAAAUAG